AGCAGUCGUUGCACGGGCGUGGCGCGACCGGUCACGUACGACGCUAAAUCUAUUUUGAAAUUCGAACGCAGUGCGCGCGCGCGUUCCUUCGCUUUGUUUACUAACAACCAGUGUUAAACAUUAAAAACCUUGUGAUUAUUUUAACGUCGAAAUAAAAAGGGUACAGAAAAACCGAAAAUGUCGGUGAUUCUCGACGCAAUCGACCUGGAGAGGGAAUACUCCCCCAGUCGGUGGUCGAUCAGGUUUCCUACGGCCCUGGAAGUACUGCAAAACCACGUGAAGCAUGUGACAACAGCUAGUGAAGAAGCAACAAAUAACAUUCCACACAAACUGGAGAUCGAGUACGGGUCGACACCUGGACAGAAACUAGACAUACUUGGAACUGAUUUACCAAAUGAUGCACCGAUCCUCGUCUACAUUCACGGCGGCUACUGGCAGGAGCUUUCAAGAGAGAUCUCCCGCUACCCAGCCAGUCCACUCCACAAGUGCAAAGUGAAGACGAUUGUCAUCGGCUACGAUCUGUGCCCCACAGCGACCCUCGCAGAAAUUGUCAGUCAAACAGCUAAAGCCGCCAAAUUCGUCUUCGAAUACGCCGAAAAAAUGGGAUCAAAGGGCAUAUACUUCGCGGGACAUUCAGCCGGUGCCCAUUUAGUUGCCAAGUUGCUUUCGAAUGCAGACUUCUUCGAGAACACUCCAGGCGCUAUUCGUCUCCAAGGAGCGUUCCUCGUGUCAGGGAUUUACGACCUUCGGGAGCUCGUCCAUACGUCGGUAAACGAUGCUGUCCAGCUCCCAAACGAAUGGGCCAUUCCCCUAUCUCCACAAUUUGACGACUACACACACCUUCAAGGUAGAAGGAUACGCUUAUACAUCCUCGCUGGACAGCACGACAGUCCUACUUUCAAGAAACAGUCUAGAGAGUUCUAUGAGAUCCUACACAAUACCUGUCUCAUGCAAAAUAUGUAUUUAGAAAUCAAAGAUGGGAUGGACCACUUUGAUAUUGUUGAAUGUUUUUCAAAUGAUGAUAGUUAUCUCAAGAAUUUAUUGGUACACGAUAUUCGUAAGCAUUUGAAUUAGUUUUUAAGUAUUCUAUUGUUUAAGCCCUAAGACAUUGGAGAAGCAGUUUUGUUGUUUUAGUGAGUAGGUAUAAUGUAUGUAAUGUUUUAAUAUUUUGUAAAAUUGUUGCUUUGAUAAAUUGAUACGAGUUUUGCUGUCGAAUUUAUGUCUAUGCAUUUUGUUUGGUUUUUUUAUUAGCACUUGUCAGUCCAAGGAUUUGUUUUGUUAACAUAAGUACAGUCAAAUAAUUUAUUUGAUACCCAGGUAAAAAAAAAAGAUUUAUUCAGUACUGAGGCAGUAGUAGUAUUUUAUAAUACCUAAUUAUUAAGCUCAAAAACCAACGAAUAGUUACUGUUUAUUUUCCUAUCUGCCUACCAAAAAUCUUGGUUCUUUGUCUACCAUAAUGUUUGAUAUAUGUUAUUAAUAUUGCUAUCAUUUUCACGUGUCAAGGAGUGGCAGAGACGAAACGAUUAUAAAGAUAUUAAAUAUUUUAUCAUCCUUACGUUAAACCUAAAUGUUAAUGAUGUUUAAUGUUUAAAAUUUUAAUUAAAUCUCUUACUUGAAUUAUGUCUUAAAAAUUAAUAUUAAUGAUAAAUUUUAUUCUCCUGACGAAAAAUCGUUUAUCAACGUUUUGGCGAAGUGACUUUUUUGGUAAAUGGUUUAUAAAAUUUGUAAAUAGUUAACUGUAACUUCGUGCAUGAAUUUUCUUAGUUACAAGGGAUUUUAUACCGAGACUGUCAAUAAAGAUGUUGUAGGGAUUUUUGUAAUAAUACAAAAUAAGGAUAAAACAAAAUGAAUUGAAUUAUAUAGGUUAACUUUAAGAAUAAAGACAGAGUUGCUAUUUUCUCGAUGAAUUUUCCAAUGUGUUCUUUCCUAAGAACCUUCUUCUACCAAUUGCAAAUAUAAGAAUGUAUAAAAGUUUACUUAUUGCCUAGUUUAGUUUUAUAAAGGAAAGCGUAUAAACGUAUGUAUCAGCUGCAAGGCUCAGUACAAUCAGCUACAAGAAUUGACCUUUGUUGUUUUUAAAUUGAUAAUUCUUUAUGUAUGUAUAAUAUUAACACGUUAUUGCUAGUUACAGGUCAAAUUAGGUAACAUCUGUUAUAAUAUUUCGUAUGCAUAAAAAAAUUAAGUUAGACAAAAUGUGACUGACAGAAAUCGAGUCACGAGGCGAGUAAAACAUUAUUGAGUGUGUUGAAUUUCUAAAUAGUGAUAAUGACAUAUUACAAUUCACAAUGUAUCGUAAAGUAACUGGCGCAAAAUUUACAUACUUUAACUACAGCCUGUUUCUAAAAAAACGAAGAAGAAUAUGUACUCUGUAUGAUUCGCUGCUUGCACUGUACGGGCCAUACCACACGGCGUAUUUUAUACGCGCGACAUCGCGCGUUUUCGGCGUCAUAAACACUGUUGUGUUUGUAUCGAUGACAAAAACGCGUACAUGAAGCACGUAUACGACAGUUUGCAGCGAUUCAAACGUGCGAACAAAGGAGUAGGGUCAGAGAGUGAGCCACUGACUCGAACGCACCUCAGUUACAAUUCUUUAUUGUGGGUUACGAGCGAGUACAGUUCGUAUACGCUCGGCGCGUCGCAUUUCUCACGCACCUCAAAGAGCUAUCAGACCACCACAAAUGGGGCCCAAUAGGGCUGAUGCGGAUACGGAGCCGCGGUGGACU